GUUCUGCUGGAGCUACAAGGCGCAUGUGCCGGCUGCGGCGGCGACAGGAAGAAGCUCCUUCGCCCCGCCUCUCUCCCGUGACCCUUUAUGGAGAGCCAAUUGAAACUCUAGAUUGAGUUUCGUCAUUUGUUGUUACGACUCCGCGCAGAUUCCUCCCACUUCGGGCUCCGCUCUGCGGGGGUCUUGUUGCAACCUGGGGCGGUAGCCUCUGUGCUCUGGUGCGGGUAUUGUAGUUGACUACAGGUGCCGGCUCAGCAUGUGGUGCGCGAGCCUAGGUGCCGUGCUGGCUUUUUGCGCUGGGCUCUGGGUCUCUAGUCCGGUGCAGGCUCAGGGCCCGGAAGCCGGGGGCCGGCCGGGGGCCGACUGUGAAGUAUGCAAGGAAUUCUUGGAUCGAUUCUACAACUCCUUGAUAGCCAGAGGAGUUCACUUUUCACUGGAGAUCAUAGAAAAAGAGUUGAUCAGCUUCUGCUUGGAUGCCAAAGGAAAAGAAAACCGCCUGUGCUAUUACCUAGGAGCCACAAAGGAUGCUGCCACAAAGAUCCUAAGUGAAGUCACUCGCCCAAUGAGUGUGCAUAUGCCCGCAGUGAAGAUCUGUGAGAAGCUGAAGAAGAUGGACAGCCAGAUCUGUGAGCUGAAAUAUGAAAAGAAAUUGGACUUGGCAUCAGCUGACCUGUGGAAGAUGAGAGUAGCAGAACUGAAACAGAUACUGCGGAGCUGGGGGGAAGAGUGCAGGGCUUGUGCAGAGAAAACUGACUAUGUGAACCUGAUCAAAGAACUGGCCCCCAAGUAUGCAGCGAUGCACCCUCAGACAGAACUCUGACCACGGACACCAGCACCCAUCAACCGUACUUAGAGAAAAAUGACUCUCUGGGAUAUGGACAUGCUGCUUAAGGACGACUGGGAAUUGCACUGUUUGGUCUUAUAGUUUUUGUCUUGAUAUUAUACCUCAGAAUUUUGGUAGUUGUGUUGAAGAGUAAAACUUCCAGUGUUGCAUUGUACAUUUGUAGUGCACCAAAACCUCCAAGUGCCUUCUAAAAUAGGGGAAAGUGAGCUACUAAGACUGAUCGAAUAAGAUGGUUCUAAGAAGCAAAGAAGGCUUCUGUCCAUGCACAACUUUUUUUUAUUAAAUAUAUUGGACUAGGACAAAAGAAACAAUGUUUAGCUUACCUAAUGCAGACUUCAACCCUAAACAAUAAUUUAGUAUGUUUAAAUAUUUUUUAGAGUAAACUUUGUAUUUUCAACUGCAAAUCACUGUACAUUCUAGCUCUCUUCUUUCCUAUCUAAGACUUUAAAUCUUGUAACUCUUGUAAGUAUCAGUGAUGUUUUGGCAGAUUUUGUUGAUAUUCAGAUUGCUAAGUUGAUGAAGCUCAAGGUCUUUUUCAUUUUUCUCUUGCACAUAUCAGACAAGCUUGUCAUAGACAAAGCAUAUUAAGAGCAUCUGCAGGCAACAUGGAACUUUAUGGUUCUUAACCAUAUUUUAUCAACUUUAAAUUGUAAAAUCAUUUUUAGUUCUAUUUUCCAGCCACAUAAGAAACUAAGGAAGAAAUACUUAUCUUUGGGCCGGCACUGUGGUGUAGUGGACUAAGCUUCUGCCUGUGGCACCGGUUCAAGUCCCAACUGCUCCUCUUCUGAUCCAGCUCUCUGCUGUGGCCUGGGAAAGCAGUAGAAGAUGGCCCAAGUCCUUGGGCCCCUGCACCCACGUGGGAGACCUGGACGAAGAACCUGGCUUCAGAUGGGCUCUGCUCUGGCCAUUGUGGCCAUCUGGGGAAUGAACCUGCAGAUGGAAGACCUUUCUCUCUGUCUCUCUCUCUCUCUGUAACUCUACCUCUCAAAUAAAUAAAUAAAAUCUUAAAAAAAGAAAUGCUUAUCUUUGUGUGGUGCAUGGAGGUGGGGAAUGACAGAGGAACAGUGUUCCCAUGGAACCUUCUGGGGUGAUGGCAAUGUCCUGUACCUUGAUUGGAGUGGUGGUUAUAUGGAUGACCACCACUGUCAAACUCAUCUAGUGGUACAGUUAAGAUCUGGACAUAUUAUUGUAUGUAAAUUACAUGUAAGAGAACUGCUAUAGAAUCAUUAUUUGAAAAUCAACUAAAAUUAAUUGACGCAAAUACACUGUCAAGAAUUGUGUUUACUGACAGUCCCUUUUGGAGAGUAGAGGAGAAAUUUUCCAGACAAAGUAUAUAUUGAAAGUGGAGUUUUCACUUUUAAAUGCUGCAGAGGUAGAAUUUUCAGCUGGGCAGUUCAGAUGUAACCAAAUUUGUCAGAGAAUUGAUGGUUCUUAAGGAGAUAUGUAUAUUAUGUAACUGAAAGUAAUAAUAAAAAUAUUUGGUGUAAUGUAUGGCCAAAAGUGAUGACUGCUUCUGGAUUUUGGCUGCUUAAUCAUCACGUGUAAUGCAUCUACUUUUUUUUAUUUAUUUUUAAGAUUUAUUUAUUUAUUUGAAAGUCAGAGUUACACAGAGAGAAGGAGCGGCAGAGAGAGAGAGGCCUUCCAUCCGCUAGUUCACUACCCACAUGGCCGUGAUGGCUGGAGCUGGGACGAUCUGAAGCCAGCAGCCAGGAGCUUUUUCUGGGUCUCCCACGUGGGUGCAGGGCCCAAGGACUUGGGCCAUCUUCCAUUGCUUUCCCAGGCCAUAGCAGAGAGCUGGACUGGAAGAGGGGCAACCGGGACAGAAUCCGGCACCCCAACCAGGACUAGAACCCAGAGUGCUGGUGCCACGGGCAGAGGAUUAGCCAAGUGAGCCAUGGCACUGGCCCUGAGCCAGCUUCUUUAAGGUGUAUAUGCCCUUCUAUCUUCUUCACCCCCAGAACCACCCCCAUGUCCCACUUAAAACUCUAAUCGCAUGCCAGAACUUAAUCACAUGCCAAACUUGGCUGCAAGGGAGUUUAGGAAAUAAAACUCUAAUCGCAUGCCAGAACUUAAUCACAUGCCAAACUUGGCUGCAAGGGAGUUUAGGAAAUUACAUUUUGGGUUGGGCUCAUUGAUAAAAUCAGGAAUUUGUUAUUGUUGCUAUGACUGGGGCAGAAGGUAGAAACAUGGCCACAAACCAUCUCUGCCACAUAGUGUAAAUUUUUCCUUAGCAUGACUCUUAGUUAUAAUUCUGGUUAUCAAACUCCAAAUAACUCUUCAUUCUUCUCGUUGCUUAUAUUUUACAUAGAUAUAAGCAAUUCUAUUUUUCCUCAUUUUUUUUAAAAAAAGAUUUAUUUAUUUUUAUUUGAAAAGUAGAGUUAGAGAGAGAGAGAGAUCUUCCAUCCAAUGGGUUCAAUUCCCAAAUGGCCACAAAGUCUAGGGCUGGGCCAGGUCAAAGCCAGGAGCCCAGAAAUCCAUCCAGUCUCCCAUGUGGAUGGCAGAAACCCAAACAAGUGAGCCAUCUUCCUCUGCUUUCCCAACACAAUAGCAGGGAGUUGAAUUAGAAGUGGAGCAGCCAAGACUUUAACCAGUGCUUAUAUGGGCUGCCAGCAUCACAGACAGUGGUUUAACCUGCUGGGCCACAAUGCUGGCCUCUUUCCUUGUGUUUUGAAUUUGACAAGAAUUGAGUACAGUUUUCCUAUUUUAUUUUCAUUUAAAAUUACUUCUUAUCUCAUGGGGCAUUGUGUUUGUGUAUGUAUGUGUGUGUUUUACCCCAAAUCUGUAAGCAUUCAUGAGUUAGAAUUCAAGAUAUUCUUUAAAAAGUGACAAAACUCUGAAAGGCUUUCAUCUAAAUUGUACUAGUCUUAGACAGACAUUGCUCUUGACCUACUCUGGAUUUCAAAAAUUCCAACCAAGGGGCUGGUGCUGUGGUGUAGGGGAUUAAGCCACCACCUAUAAGUGCUGACAUCCCAUGUGGACACCACUUGAAGACCUGGCUGCUCUCCCUCCUAUCCAGCUCUCUGCUAUGGCCUGAGAAAGCAGUAGAAGAAGGCCCAAGUCCUUAGGCCCUGGCACCCACGUGGGAGACCUGGAAGAAGCUCCUGGCUCCUGGCUUCGGAUCAGCGCAGCUCUGGCCAUUGUAGCCAAUUGGGGAGUGAACCAGCAGAUAGAAGACUUCUCUUUCUCUGACUCUCCUUCUCUCUGUGUGUAAUUCAGACUUUCAAAUAAAAUAAAUAAAUCUUUAAAAAAUUCCAAACAAAAGACUCAUCAUUUUGGCUUGUAAAUAAAUAUGAGAUCAGAUAUAACAUUUAGAGUACAUAUGGAAAGUUGUAGUUUUUCAUUUGCAUAUGAAUGAUUUAUAAUUCACAUUCCACAAAGAAGUUUUAAAUCUUGACCAAAUUAGCUCAGCAUAUAGGACAAGAAAAUAUUUUAUUAGUAGAUCUUUAAAAAAACACUAAUGCAUUUUAUGAUGCAAAGGCCUUGUCUGAAUUUGUGCCUCUCUUAAUAAGUGCCUUUUCUAUGCACAUAGCUGGCUGUGUUUAUCCUGGAGGUCUCAUCCGAAAGAAAUUACUGCAAGAGAGUCAUUUUUUUUUCAAUGUGUUUGAAAUAGACCAUUCCACACAAAGAGAAAUUCUUUUGGACAUUCUAUCAUUCUGAUAUUAGAAACUUUUAGAAUUUUAUUUUAGUGCCUUUCCCCGUUUUAGUUUAUUUUGGAUCUUUUUUGUUUUCCUUUUUUAUUAGUGGCUAUCAUUUAUUUUAGCUUUUUUCCCUUCAAAAAUAAUAUUUAUUGAGUGGACAUUUGGUGCAAUGGUAGAGGUUUAGCUAAUCUGAAAGAUUUCUGCUAAUGAAUAUAUGUUUUAAAAAGCAAGAAUUCUUUGAUGGAAAAUACCAAUUUCUAAACUCUGACAGGGAUCAUAAAAGAAAGCUGCGGGUGUAAGAAAGAAGCAAAAGCUUGUGGAAAAUUUGAGACCUUUUUUUUUUAGGAACAAUUAAUAUUCCAGUAGCUGGCAGAGCCUCCCUUUUAUCUUCCUUAAAUCAUAGCAUUUCCCUCUGCAGCCACAUGGGGCAGCUGUGGCCCUUUUAUGAAGCACCCCAACUUCACUGUGGGAAUGGGUAAAAUUGUGCUCAUGCUGUUUUCUUGAAAUGCCCAGUUGCUACCUAGAUAAAUAUUUUAAUGUAAAAAAGUACAUGUUCACAUAAAUGAAAGUUUCAAAGACAAAAAUAUGAAGAAAUAAACAUUACCGAAGUCUGUUUGCCAAAAAUUUGUAAUAAAAUGAAUAAAAACUACUGCCUUAUACACUGUCUUUACCAGUAAGUGAUGAAUUAGUAUAAAUUGUAAUUUAAAUGCCCACUUCAGAUUUCCCACCUAGCUGAUGGCAGAUUUUAUCCUGAUGCAAAUAUUUUCAAGGCAAGUCACAGUCCAAUAAUUUUGUUAUUUUCUUGCUGAAAUGUGAUGACAUGCAUGAAAUUUUAGGUUAACUUCAGGAAUGUUGAGAAAUAAAAUUUUUCAAUUCCCUAAGAAAAAGCUUCAAUAUUUCUUGCAAAGGAAUUGUACCCCAAAUUAUUUCACUCUUACAAUAACAUUCUGAAAUAGAAACAUUUCCCAGAAGAUUGUUUUUCUACGGUAAAGCUUGGCUUAUCCUGUUGUGCUUUUCUUUAAACAUUUUAAAAACCUUAUUAACAAAAAUAAUACAUAUUUAUGGGGUAUGGUAUGACAUUUCUUUGUUCUUCUUUGUAUUCCUAGGAGCAAUUUUAAGAUUUGAGAUUUAACCAUUUUUAACAUUUUGCUAUAUCCACUUCAUGUGUAGAUAUUAUAUAAAUACAGAUAUACACAAUUUUUCUUGACAACAGGGAUAUCAACAUCACAUAAUGUAGGAUUCAUGGCAAUGAUCAUAAAGUAAGGAAAGAAGAAUGUAGUGUCACAUAGAUGAUAUAAUUCAGUGAAGAUAAUAUUUAUAAACAUCUGUAUACCAAAUAAUAGGACAUCCACACAGCCUUUAUAGUCUCUACAUUAACUUCUACAUAUGAAAAAAAAAAUGUGGUGUUUGUCUUUCUUCGUUUGGCUUAUUUCACUUAGCAUGAUGAUCUCCAGUUCCAUCCAUUUUGUUGCAAAUGUCAGGAUUUCAUUAUUUUUUUGGCUGAGUAAUAUUCCAUCACAUAUAUAUCUACACACUACAUUUUCUUUUCCAAUCACCAGUUGCUAUUUUGAAUAAAUUGUUUGUUUGUUUGACAGGCAGAGUGGACAGUGAGAGAGACAGAGACAGAGAGAAAGGUUUUCCUUUGCCGUUGGUUCACCCUCCAAUGGCCGCCACAGCUAGCGCACUGCUGCCAGCGCACCGCACUGAUCCGAAGCCAGGAGCCAGGUGCUUCUCCUGGUCUCCCAUGCGGGUGCAGGGCCCAAGCACUUGGGCCAUCCUCCACUGCACUCCUGGGCCAUAGCAGAGAGCUGGCCUGGAAGAGGGGCAACCGGGACAGAAUUCGGCUCCCCGACCGGGACUAGAACCCGGUGUACCAGUGCCGCACGCGGAGGAUUAGCCUAUUGAGCCGCGGCGCCAGCCUGAAUAAAUUGUUCUUAUAAGUUCUUCCUUGCCAGAUCAUUGUGGGUAUAUAAAAAUGCUAUUGAUUUUUAUGUGUUGAUUUUAUAUCUUGCAACUUUACUAAAUUAUCUUAUUAGUUCUAAUAGUUUCUCUUUUUUGUUUUUUUAAAAAGAGAUUUAUUUAUUUACUUAUUUAAAAGAGUUACAGAGAGAGGGGGAAAGACUGAAAGAGAAAGGGAUCCUCCAUCCACUGGUUCACUCCCCAAUGUCACAAUGGCCAUGGCUGGGCCAGGCUGAAACCAGAAGCCAGUAGUUUUAUCUUUGUCUCCCAUGUGGAUGGCAGGGGCCCAAACACUUGGCCAUCUUCUGCUGCUUUUCCCAGGCCAUUAGCAAGGAUCUGGAUCAAAAGUGGAAAAGCCAAGAUAUGAACUGGCACCCAUAUCAAGUGCCAGUGUUGAAGGUGGCAGCUUUAUCUACUAUGCCAUAAUGCUGGCCCUUCUAAUAGUCUCUUGGCAGAGUCUUUUUUUUAAGCUUAAUUUUUUAGGAUUAACAUAUUUUUAAUCCACAUUAUAGUCAAAGGUUUAAUGGCUAUACUGAAUAAGUGUAAAACAAAAAGUAAAAAUAACAUAGUUUAACAAGAAAAUAGGCCAGGGCUAUAAACAAUAAUCAAAGGAAAAAUGUUCAACUUCACUCAUAUAAAGUGCGUUUUUAAAUAGUCACAAAAACAUUAAAACUAUAAUAGCAUAUAAUUCCUAUCAUUUGUUUGACAAAGAUUGAAAUCAGUUUAACAAAGCACUGUAUUUGCAGCAAAACUGAUACACAUAGUCACCUCUCUCUUUUAUUAAUUUUAGCUCCCACAUAUAAGAGAGAACUUGUGGUAUUUGUCAUUUUGUGUCUGACUUAUUUCACUCAUCAUGGGAGUCUCCAAUUCUAACCAUUUUGCUGCAAAUGAUCGAACUUUAUUCUUUUUCUAUAGCUGAAUAAUACUUCACUGUGUGUAUAUACCACCUUUUUUUUUUUUUUUUUUUUUUUUUUUUUUUUUUUUUGA